AAAGCGGCGGUUGGUAGGAAGGAAGGAGGGAGGGCGCGCGGGGUCAGGUGACGGCUGGCGGGCCGAUGGAGGAGGAGGAGGAGCUCCCUCAGCUGAGCGGCGACAGCGGCAAUGUCUCUCAGAGCCACAGCAGCGCCUCCGGCCUUGCCGACGAAGAAGCCUCCGCCGCGGGUGGGGAGCCGCUGGUGCUGCUGGGCAGCGACUAUGCCGCCUACCUGCUGCCCUCACCUUUCGGGCAGAUUGAAACCUUAGAUAAGGGUCUGGAGGAUUUGUUGACCAGGGUAGAUGAGUUUGUGGGAAUGCUCGACAUGAUUCGAAGUGAUUCCUCUCAAGUAGUAAAUGAAAAUGUGCCACAUAUUCAUGCAAAGGCUGUGGAAAUGAGGCAGCUAUAUAGAAAGAUUGACAAAUUGGAGGCCUUUGUUAAAAUAGUUGGAAAUAGUGUUGCUGGGCUGGAGGAACAGAUCACAAAAGCAGAAUCAGACCUUGGAACAUUUCCAAAUACUUUUAAAAAACUUCUACACACAAUCAGUGUGCCAUCUUUUCUUAAUAAAUCAUCUUCAAGGCAGAAUCCAGCCUCUUAUGAACCUCCUGAUCUCUUCAAGACUGAAGAUUACUUUCCUUGUCUUGGUGAAGCACAGAAUAAGUGACAUAACUGAUGACAUUUUCCAAAUGAUAGUAUUGUAACUGGUUGAGCGCCAAGCUGGUCUUCAGGAUGUUGCUCUUUGAAAACAAGUGUCCAGCUGCCUUCCUGUGUUUCAGUCUCUCAUCUACUUUGCAUAUGUCUUGUUUUUUGCUUUGAACAUGUUAUUUCUCGUGUCUUCCUAAAGGCUCAGAAAUAUAUAUAUAUAUGAGUGGCCAAUCAUAUUAUCAAUUAGCCAUAUCGAACAGAAGGGAUAGAGCUGUGGGAUGGUGGAGAACAAGUGUAGUUUUGCCUUGCUGGUGCUACCAACUACUUUUCACAGAUAUGGGGAAAGAAGAAACAGCUAUCCACCACUAUCUCUUUUGCCUUGCCAAAUUAGAAAGAGGCUUGGAAGACUAGAGUUGAAACCUAAUAUGAAAGAGAUUUCUUCCUUGCAUUUCACCCUUUGCCAAACUCCAGUCCCUCUUUGGCUUUGCUAGAAUAAAAACAAAGAAUUGGAGCAAGCAAAUACUGUCUUCUGCAGCUUUGUACUUCUCCCCCUUCUGCUCUCCAUGCAGGAUGACAGAAGCCAAACAAGAAAAUGCCCCCUUCCUUUCCAGGAAAAAACUCAAGAGGACCGGCAGAGCUGACUUAACAGCAACCAGUGGCCAGGACUGUAGUAUAUUUUUCUUUGCUAGCUUCUUUUGGAAAUUUUGAAUAAUAAAUGGCCUUCUUUAAUUACUGAAAAAA